AUGAUCUUGGAACUCUUUUUAACCCGGAUCUCCUAAUUUGGAGAGGUAAAAUCUUUGAGUUAUUGUCUAUAAGGGUUGAGUGAGGUGGGGUUGCUGGGUUUGGAUUGUUCUGUUCUUCAGAGAUAUUUUCCAUUGCUUUGGAUAUCCAAUAGACAUACCAUUACUCAUGCCAUGUUUUUCAACAGAAGGGUGGUGAAGGGACUAGGUGAGACAUGAUGGACAUUUGGGGAGACCACUUUGCAUUUUAUAGCUUUAGAAUGAUGAAAUUUUACGCAAAUAUGCCAGAAUGUUCCUAUGAGAACUUUAAAGAAUUUUGAUUAGUUCAUUACAUUUUUGUUGAACAGAAUGAUCAUAGGUUUAUGAAAUGUAAAAAGACACUUGUUUGGAAUCAUUGUUGUAGAGUCUUCAUUAAUAGGAUUAGGAAGCACAAGGAGAUUAGACAGAUGCUAAAAGGGAGAAUGCCUUUUUUCAUAGCUUAGAGUGGACCAAAUAUGACCAACCAUUAACUACUGAGAUAGAUAAUGUUGGAGCCAACCGGCCAGUACACUUGCAUGGUGUGACGUCUAUAUGGCUAGUGUGGGUUGGUUAAGUCCCAUUUGAUUUCUUGAUAUCUCCAUUUGAUCCUUUUCCCCAUUGAGCAGGAUUAUGUUUACUGCUGUACUUGAUUGGUCAUAAUGUCCAACUUGAUGUGCAGAUUAGAGAAAAAGUGCUGCUAUGGUAGAGAGGUUUUGUAUAUCUGACUUGUUAUAAUCAUGCUGUCAUAGCUUGAUAUUACUUUUGGAAACAAUGCAACUUUUUGACAUCAGAAAAUUUUUACUGGCAAAACCAUCUUUUUUCAACUGAAGAAAUUUUGUUGCUGUGUUUUUAUGCUAAUUGGUGAUUUUACAAUAUGAUGUACCAUUUCACAUAUUAAUUAUUUCUGACUUUAGUGGAUUUCAAAUGCUUGCGGCCAUUUAUUGACUUAAAGCCUCCAGAGGAUUCAAGGAAAGAACCAAUGCGGCACUUUUGAGAAUCACAUAUUCCCAGUAAUGUGGUUUCAAUGUACUUUUUAAUUUGCUGUCUACAGGAUAUAAAGCGGAGAGAAGAUGCUGUUUCUAGAUCUGGCGUCCCUGAUGAUGAUAAAAAUUGGCCUCAAUCAAAGGCUACAGUAUUUGGCUUUUGCAAGUUGGUUAGGGGAAUCCUUGCAGCAAUCGAUGUCUUCAAUGACCAUGUAUUGGUUGGGAUAUUCUACUUAGUUGGCUUUGGCUUGUUUUGCUUGGAGUCGCUUCUACUUAGUUCAUGCUCAAAGGCUGCAGUAUUUUGUAUUUUUAUGCUGCCUCCCAUUUUUGCUUGCCAUACUGCUAAUUUUUCUCUAAAUGUUGUCUAGAUCCGAAAUUCCCAUGUUAGGCACCAGUUGUGUUUUUGCUUGGCUAUAAUAUUCCUUAAAAACCAUUCAUCGUAGCCUGCAGCAAAUAUCUGAUGCUCUUGUAGUGCUGUUUGUGCAGGUAUAGUUCUUUGUGUUGUUUUCAAACGAAAAGACUGGAUCCAAUGGCUUUUUGGUUGCUAAGAAAUUACAAACUUUAAUGACUGUCUUGUAAUAGUGUGAAUUUUUGGGUUCUACGAUCUGUUUGAUUGCUGAGAAUAUGAAAUUGUGAUUUUUAUAGUCUUACUUUUCAGAAAAUUUUAUGUAUACUUGUUCAAUAAUCUAGACAUUAAAUCUAUUUAUAGGAUAAUAUAUGUAUAUUAUUAAAUUA